AUGAGAGAAAUUGUCCAUUUACAAACAGGCCAGUGCGGUAACCAGAUAGGAUCCAAGUUCUGGGAGAUAAUCAGCGACGAGCACGGAAUAAAUGGCGAUGGUGCAUACAUUGGCUCUAAUUCCUACCAACUAGACAGGGCGUCUGUCUACUACAAUGAGUCAGCAAGCGGAAAGUACGUCCCCAGAGCAGUCCUCGUAGAUCUUGAGCCCGGAACAAUGGAUGUCAUCAAGGAGAGUCCAUACGGCAAGCUUUACAGACCAGACAACUUCAUACACGGACAGUCAGGAGCAGGAAACAACUGGGCCAAAGGGCACUACACAGAGGGCGCUGAGCUUGUUGACUCAGUGAUGGAUGUAAUAAGAAAAGAAGCUGAGAACUGCGACUGUCUCCAGGGCUUCCAAGUGACGCACUCUCUCGGGGGAGGAACAGGGGCAGGGAUGGGCACACUGCUAAUUAGCAAAAUAAGAGAAGAGUUCCCCGAAAGAAUGAUGUGCACUUUCAGUGUGGUUCCAUCGCCCAAGGUCAGCGACACAGUUGUAGAGCCGUACAAUGCAACCCUCAGUAUCCAUCAGCUGGUGGAGAACAGCGAUGAAACUUUCUGCAUAGACAAUGAAGCUCUGUACGACAUCUGCUUCAACACUCUGAAGCUCUCUAACCCAGGGUACAACGACCUAAACAGGCUCGUGUCUGUUGUAAUGAGCGGAAUAACAACUACCCUCAGAUUCCCCGGACAGCUCAAUGCAGACCUGCGCAAGCUGGCUGUGAAUAUGAUACCCUUCCCGCGCCUCCACUUCUUCAUGGUUGGCUUUGCUCCUUUGACAGCCCAGGGAUCUACCGCAUACAGAGCAAGCUCUGUCUCAGAUCUUACGCAGCAGAUGUUCAGCCCAAAGAACAUGAUGGCUGCAUGCGACCCCACGAAGGGAAGGUAUCUUACAGUCGCUGCGAUGUUCAGAGGGAAAAUAUCCAUGAAGGAUGUAGAUGAACAGAUGCUCAGCAUACAGAGGAAAAACUUUGCAAACUUUGUCGAGUGGAUUCCCCACAAUGUCAAAACAUCUGUGUGCGAUAUAUCUCCAACAGGGCUUGAGAUGUCCUCUACGUUCAUCGGGAACAGCACAGCCAUUCAGGAGCUGUUCAAGAGAAUCAGCGACCAGUUCAGCUUGAUGUUCAGAAAGAAGGCUUUCCUGCACUGGUACACUGGAGAAGGCAUGGACGAGAUGGAGUUCACAGAGGCAGAGUCAAACAUGAAUGAUUUAUACAGCGAGUACCAGCAGUACCAGGAUGCAACUGUGGAUGAAGAAGAGUAUGCGCACGCGUAG